AUGCUGCCGGACAUGUCCGUAUGCCCUUUCAUCCCCAUGCCUCUCCUCCUCGGUGCUCCCCAUGCCCUUCUCCCGUCCCCAUGCCCUUCUCCCGUCCCCAUGCCCUUCUCUCCCGUCCCCAUGCCCUUCUCCCGUCCCCAUGCCCUUCUCCCGUCCCCAUGCCCUUCUCCCGUCCCCAUGCCCUUCUCCCGUCCCCAUGCCCUUCUCCCGUCCCCAUGCCCUUCUCCCGUCCCCAUGCCCUUCUCCCGUCCCCAUGCCCUUCUCCCGUCCCCAUGCCCUUCUCCCGUCCCUAUGCCCUUCUCCCGUCCCCAUGCCCUUCUCCCGUCCCCAUGCCCUUCUCCCGUCCCCAUGCCCUUCUCCCGUCCCCACGCCCUUCUCCCGUCCCCACGCCCUUCUCCCGUCCCCACGCCCUUCUCCCGUCCCCAUGCCCUUCUCCCGUCCCCAUGCCCUUCUCCCGUCCCCAUGCCCUUCUCCCGUCCCCAUGCCCUUCUCCCGUCCCCAUGCCCUUCUCCCGUCCCCAUGCCCUUCUCCCGUCCCCAUGCCCUUCUCCCGUCCCCAUGCCCUUCUCCCGUCCCCAUGCCCUUCUCCCGUCCCCAUGCCCUUCUCCCGUCCCCAUGCCCUUCUCCCGUCCCCAUGCCCUUCUCCCGUCCCCAUGCCCUUCUCCCGUCCCCACGCCCUUCUCCCGUCCCCACGCCCUUCUCCCGUCCCCACGCCCUUCUCCCGUCCCCACGCCCUUCUCCCGUCCCCAUGCCCUUCUCCCGUCCCCAUGCCCUUCUCCCGUCCCCAUGCCCUUCUCCCGUCCCCAUGCCCUUCUCCCGUCCCCAUGCCCUUCUCCCGUCCCCACGCCCUUCUCCCGUCCCCACGCCCUUCUCCCGUCCCCACGCCCUUCUCCCGUCCCCAUGCCCUUCUCCCGUCCCCACCCCCUUCUCCUCCCACUCCCAUUGCCUCUCACCAUCCCAUGGCAGGGCAUCGGAGCCUGACAUUGUGAAGCUCAUUCUCAGUAAUGCCAAUCUCACAGGCUGGCAGGUGAGAGUGACUGGUUGGCAGGUGAGUGUGACGGGCUGGCAGGGGUGUGACAGGCUGGCAGGUGAGUGUGACUGGCUGGCAGGUGAGUGUGACAGGCUGGCACGUGAGUGUGACAGGCUGGAAGGCGAGUGUGACAGGCUGGCACGUGAGUGUGACAGGCUGGAAGGUGAGUGUGACAGGCUGGCAGUAUUGUUGGGGCCCUUACUCAAUGCCAAUCCCUCCCCGUCCCGUUUCCCGCACCCCACCAUUAUCCUCAGGUGGGACGCAUCAUGGUGCUCCUUUUUGCAGGGCAGCUGCAGGCGCUGGUAUCAUGGCAAGCAUCCUUACAACUCGCACUUCCUCUUGUCCCCUUCCCACGCCCCCUCCUUCCCUCGCACCCUCCUUCCCACGCACCCUCCUUCCCACGCACCCUCCUUCCCACGCACCCUCCUUCCCUCGCACCCUCCUUCCCACGCACCCUCCUUCCCUCGCACCCUCCUUCCCACGCACCCUCCUUCCCACGCACCCUCCUUCCCGCGCACCCUCCUUCCCACGCACCCUCCUUCCCACGCACCCUCCUUCCCAUGCACCCUCCUUCCCACGCACCCUCCUUCCCACGCACCCUCCUUCCCACGCACCCUCCUUCCCACGCACCCUCCUUCCCACGCACCCUCCUUCCCACGCACCCUCCUUCCCUCCGCUGCACAGGUGGGGCGCACCAUGGUGUUCCUACGCGCUGGGCAGCUGCAGGCACUGGAGGCGUGUCGGUCGCAGCGGGUGGAUGCGGCAGCAGCGGCCAUUCAGAGGGCUGUGCGGUGCUACCUAUGGCGCAAGCACCGCCUGCAUGCCACUAUUGUCAUUCAGAGCGCCUGGCGAGGUACUUCGUGGCGAGUGGAUGCGGCAGCGGCAGCCAUCCAGAGGGCUGUGCAGCGCUACCUGUGGCGCAAGCACCGGCUGCACGCCAGUCCAUUGACCGUUCUCACUGACCUGCCCUACUCAGCACUGCUGCUCCGAAUUGACAUCCCAUUCUCUGCGUUUCUCCCUUCUUCCCCCCUCCCCUCCAUUCUUCCCCCCUCCCCUCCAUUCUUCCCCCCUCCCCUCCAUUCUUCCCCCCUCCCCUCCAUUCUUCCCCCCUCCCCUCCAUUCCCCCCUCCCCUCCAUUCUUCCCCCCUCCCCUCCAUUCUUCCCCCUCCCCUCCAUUCUUCCCCCCUCCCCUCCAUUCUUCCCCCCUCCCCUCCAUUCUUCCCCCCUCCCUCCAUUCUUCCCCCCUCCCUCCAUUCUUCCCCCCUUCCCUCCAUUCUUCCCCCCCUCCCCUCCAUUCUUCCCCCCUCCCCUCCAUUCUUCCCCCCUCCCCUCCAUUCUUCCCCCCUCCCCUCCAUUCUUCCCCCCUCCCCUCCAUUCUUCCCCCUCCCCUCCAUUCUUCCCCCCUCCCCUCCAUUCUUCCCCCCUCCCCUCCAUUCUUCCCCCCUCCCCUCCAUUCUUCCCCCUCCCCUCCAUUCUUCCCCCCUCCCCUCCAUUCUUCCCCCCUCCCCUCCAUUCUUCCCCCCUCCCCUCCAUUCUUCCCCCCUCCCCUCCAUUCUUCCCCCCUCCCCUCCAUUCUUCCCCCCUCCCCUCCAUUCUUCCCCCCUCCCCUCCAUUCUUCCCCCCUCCCCUCCAUUCUUCCCCCCUCCCCUCCAUUCUUCCCCCCUCCCCUCCAUUCUUCCCCCCUCCCCUCCAUUCUUCCCCCCUCCCCUCCAUUCUUCCCCCCUCCCCUCCAUUCUUCCCCCCUCCCCUCCAUUCUUCCCCCCUCCCCUCCAUUCUUCCCCCCUCCCCUCCAUUCUUCCCCCCUCCCCUCCAUUCUUCCCCCCUCCCUCUCCUUCCCCCAGGCCCAUUGGAGGGGGUCAGCCUCUAAACGGGAUGAAGCAGGGGAUGAAUCACGGCUUUCCAGCGGCGCAGCAGCAGGCGGAGCUGGCUCCGCCACGCAAGAAGGUGGACGUGGCUGUUGAUGCCAUCCGCCUGGCCGUGCUGCGCGUCAUGCGGGACAAGGCAGAGCGGGCGAGGGCAGCAGCAGAGGAGUCAGUGUCUGCCCUUCAAAGAGAGCUUGAGGCUCGGUCCCGCCACGCCCACGCCCUCGACCGGGACCUCCGAGCCACCCGCUGCGACCUGGAGAUCCGAACCUCCGAAGCCGAGGCUCGGAUCGCCGAACUUGAGGCAGAGGCUCGGGAGGCAGACCGGCAGCGGCGGGAGUGGGAGGCUCGGGCGAAAGAGCAGGAUAUGGUUGAGAGGGAGGUGAAGGAGAGGAGGAGGGAGGUGGAGCAGUGGAGGAGGGAAGCUGAGGGGAAGGACGGAGAAGUUAGGAGACUGAGGGAGGAGUUGGAGGUAGUGAGGGGGAGGCUGAGAGAGGCUGAAGGGCAGGUGGUGGGACUGAAGCAGGAGGUGAUGAUGGUUGAAGGGAGGGUGGAGUUGAUUAGAGAGGAUGUGGAGAGGGCUGAGAGGAGGGCGGAGGAGGAGAGAGCACGGGCGGAGGCGGCAGAAGGGAGGGCGGAGGCAGCAGAAAGAAGGGCCGAGGAGCUGAUGCGGCAAGUGCGGGAGAUGAAGGCAGAGCUUGAUGAAUCCGUGGCUGCUGCCCUUGCUGCUGCUGCUGCUGCUGCCGCUGCUGGUGGUGGUGCUGCUGCCGGUCACGCAUCUGCUGGUGCUUCUGCUGCUGUUAACAGCCCUGCUGGACCCGGAUUGAUCCCAGGGCAGAUGAUGAUUGAGUGGCACAGUAAGGACCCCAGCAUGGCAGAGAAGGCGGGGCGGGAGAGGGAGAGGGCGGCAUUGUCAGGCCUAAGACCGCCCUCAGUGGUGUCAGGUGUGGAGGAGACCUCUUCUUCAGUGGUGCUCAUGCGGGGGGAGGAGGGCGACACUCUCACCGACAUGAUCAGUGAACGAAUCUCAGAGCGAGCCCCUGACGGUGUAACCCCUGACGACGACGGCUACACCUACACCUACCUCGUCUCGCCUCCUCCCCCACCUCCCCCUCCGCCCCUUCCGGCUCACACCACCGCAGCAGCAGCAGACAUCCCUGCCCCAGGAGGCCUCUCCCCGCCACUCCCAGACUUCCCCCCACCGCCACCUCCAGCCUACCGCAGCCCUCCAGUGGGGAUGAUGGUGCCGCCGCGCUGCCACUCGGACCGCCUCCGCUCCUCCCCCUCCACCUCCAGUGUGGGCUCUCUGGACGAAGACUGGAGCCUCAGGGAGGGGAUGCUGGGAGGCGGUAGCGGGGGAGGUGCGGGCGGAGUCGGAGCAGGAGGGAGUGGUUCGGCGCCGAGCCUCCACCAGAUGAUAGCUCUGGCGGAGAAGGAUCGGGACAUGGCGGCGCGGCUGGGAGCAGAGGCGGACUGGCUGAGGGGGGCAUAUAAGGAGACGAGGCAGGAGGCGAGUGUGGCGCGGGCGAGAGCACGGCAGGCGGAGGCAAGGAUGGAGGAGGCGCUGGCUGCAGAGCUACAGCAGCAGCAGGUGCACUCGCUGCGGCGCCAGCUCGACAGCCUGCAGGCAGGAAAGAAGGAGCACAUGGAGGGGACAGGUGCGGCAGGAGCGAAGGGCAUCGUGCAGGAGAGGGGCCGAGGCAGGGAGAGGGAGAGGAACGGGCGAUCAGGCAUUCUCACUCGCCGCCUGCUGCAGCAGCAGCAGCAGUAUGGGGGUGGGGGUGGUGGCAGUGGCACGGUGCCGUCGUCUCCUGUAUCGCCCACGGCAGGAGCCAUGUCUGCCUCUGCUCCUUCCUACUCCUCACAGGUGCAGUAUCUGCUGCGCUAUGUGGUGCGUCCGCUGGGCUUCACCCCCUCAGGCCACUCAGUGCCGGCCUGCUUCCUCUUCACCAUCCUGCGCUUCUGGCCGCACCUCUCCUUCCAUACCAACCUUCUCUCUACCACCAUCACUGCCACCACGCCCACAUCAGCAGCAGCAGCAGCAGCAGAAGCGGCGGCGGCUGCUGGCGCUACAGCCGUCCCUCCCUUCCUCCCCCCCUCCACCCCCUUCUCCCCCUACUCCCCCUACUCCUCCACCUCCUCCCUCCCCUUCUCCUCCCUCUCCCCGUUCUCCUCCCUCUCCCUCUCUUCAUCCCCCAUCCCCCCACACGACGAAGUGCUAACAGCGAUCCGCACCGCCCUGCAGCGCUCAGCAGGGAGUCUGGAGCGCCUGGCUACCAUCCCCAAUGCUGCUCCCAAUGCUGCUGCUGGUGCUGCUGCCAGUGCUACCAGCACUCAAAUCCCAGGAGCCCCACCGCCCUCCUCGUCCUCCUCUCCCGUGCCUGCCUCUGCCCACGCUGUUCCGCGUGCCGGCACCACCAGCCUGGCGUGUGCUCCCAUGGGGCAGGACCUUGACCCUGCUGCACCCGGACCCACUGGCUUGUUCGCCCUACCAGCAGAGACCAUGCUGCUGGCGCACAAGGUGGAUGGGUGUGUGCAGCACGCAGUGGGGCUAUUUACGCACCACUGCACCUCGCAAGUCGCUGCCCUCCUGCAACCACCCCCACAGCAGCUGCAAUCACAUGGAACGGACGGAUCAGCAGCAGAAGCAGCAUCUGGAAGGCGGGCGAGUGGAGGCGCAUUGCCCAAGUUCCCAAGCGUUGCCCUCAAGGAGCAUGUGGGCAGCACGUGGAGCAGCGUGGUGGGUGUGCUGCGGCGGGCAGCACUGGUGCUGCUGGAGAACCAGGUGCCCCCGCCCGUCAUCCAGAGCGUGCUCAAGCACCUCCUCUCCUUCAUCAACGUUCGAGUCUUCAACAGGGGCUGUUGGGCAGCGUUGUUGGGCAAACACCUCCUCACCUUCAUCAACGUGCGCGCCUUCAACAGGUGUGUGGCACGCAGCUAUGCGCUUAUGCUCAACAGCUGGUUCAACAGGUACAGCUGUCUUCAACAGUCCCCUCUGCUCUUUUCUGCUCCGCACUCUCCUCCUUCCCUCCACCCAACCCCAACCCCCCACUUUCCCCACACCCCCCUUCCUCAUCAGCCCUUUCUCUUCUCCCCCCUUCCAACCCCCCAUUCCCCUGCUCUCCAGGCCAUGGAGCACAAGCCUUCAUGCUCGCUGCCCCACCUGCGCUCGCUCUGCCCGGACCUGAACGCGAAUCAGCUGGUGCAUCUGUGCGUGUGGUACCAGGACGACUGCUACAGCACACAGUGGCUGCCCGCUGCUGUGGUGGAUCAGCUGUGGGGGGAGGUGGAUGAACGCACGCCCAUGCUGCUGCAGGAGACUCCCAGGUCCCCUGUGAGCAUAGCAGACAGCACGGAGUGGUUCCCCUUCAUUCAUCACGAUGCAGCAAACCCGCAGCAAGGGGUUCUGAAAGUGGAGCAGGGAUACAAGGUGGUGGGGGGAAUCGAGCGAGCCUAA